CCGUUCCCGAGACCCGACGGCCCGCGCCGGUGGCGUCUUGACGGCCCGCGCGGGUGCCGGGGGCGCGGGGCGCGGGCGGCGGCAUGCCCGAGAGGCGGCUCAGCGUCGAGCCACCAACUAUUACAGAAGAAGGAUUUGAAGAUUCUUUGGCGACAGAUGGUUUCCUUGUGGACUACUUUAAUGAAUUCCUAAGCCUUCCAACCUUUUCAGAGGCAGUUAGAUUUAAUGUGGUCUAUGGAGUUUUUGAAGUAGUUAACAAUGCUCCACAACUUCUGGAAAAGCAGUUGAAAAAAAUUCUACUAAACCAGCGACCUCGAAAUCCUAUCUAUGAUGUUGUAAGGAAAGGAAAGAGUGAUGUUAAACCUGUUCAAGUGAACGCCCCUCACGAAGAUGAGACCAUUAAUGUCAACUACAAUAUCAUGUGUCUCAAUCGUGAACAAGGUAUUCACUGGGUCAAAAAAGAAAGACUUCCAACAUUUCUGGAAAGUGAUUGUUACUUUGAAUACAGGUUAGCCAAAUUGAUUUCACAAGUAAGAUGGAGUGAAUCAGGCAUGAAUAUCAUAUUAGGUACAGAGUUUUCACCCUGGGUCCCGAAAAAACCACCCAGUCCACCACCUCCUCCUGUUGAAGAAGAUGAUGUUAUAAUUAUGAAAAAGUUCUACAUUUCUCUGGGCGAGGCCUCCUAUACUCAAACAAAAGAUUGGUUUGCCUUAGCAAAACAAUGUCAGCAAACAGUACCAACCUUUUCAUUACCAUCUUGUGUUUUCCACGACAAAACGGAGUCACCAAUUGUUUCAUCUGUUUCUGAGAGUUUUAUCUUUGAUGAUGGAGUUCACCCCAGGACGAAAAAGGGCCUAUUAAAAACCACUAGAUUAAUCUCCGAAUUUGAAGAAGAUGGGUCUGUAUCUCUACAGGACACUCCUUCUCAAGCUCUUCUGAGGAUAUACCUUGAAAAGCAACAGAAUGUUGAUAAAAGCCUGACACUGCACUUCUCAACAUGUGAAGAGUUUUUAAGAUCUUACGUCUCCUUUAUUUUGAGAGUGGCAAUUCAUCAAAUUCUUGGAGCAACACUUAGAGAAAGCCCAGAUUACGUAAAUUUCAGAAACGUAACAGAAGUGGUAUUUGAUGACAUUGGGGGGCCUACCUCUAGCAAGAAUGUUUUGUUCGAUGAAAUGCUAAGGGAAAAGUCGGAAAACGUGUUAGAACAAGCAGUUUCAAAACCUGACAGCGUUGGACUCGACAGCAGGGCUGAUUGGUGUAUUUCUCACAAAACUUAUGACAUUGGCAAUAGAAAGGAGUUUGAAAGAUUUAAGAAAUUUUUAAAAGGUACCUUAGGGGAGAAAUAUUGGUGGCUAUGGAUGGAUAUUGAGAGGUUAAAAGUUCUUAAGAAUCCUGGAAGACAUCAAAGACAUAUUGAGAAGAUGAAAAAAUGCUUUUUAGUGAGCAGUGGAGAUUACUACCUUUCUGCAGAAGUCUUAUCAAAAUUUAAACUACUAGAUGGAUCUCAGUGGAAUGAAGAACACUUAAAAAAAAUUCAGACUGAGGUUGUAAAACCUUUACUUCUUUAUUGGGCACCAAGAUUCUGUGUUACUCAUACCUCCUCAACAAAACAUGCUAGUGCUGAACUGAAAUUCUGGCACCUUCGUCAAGAGCAACCAAGGAAGGAUGUUGACCCUUUCCCACAAAUGGCAACCCUCUUGCCGUUAAGACCCAAAUCUUGCAUUCCACAGUUAUCUGAGAUGCAGAAAGAAGAAUCCAGUUUACUACAACUUCCUAAAUCUCCCAAGAAAUCACCUAGAGUAAAGACAGCAGUUUAUAAACCUUGGAAGAGUGAGUCUUCGAAUCCAGUUUCUUCUAAGGAUGUGAUUGAGAAAGGGUCAAGGCACAUGUCAGAAAGCAGCAAAGUUAUUCGUUUAACAUCUUUUACUGACAUUUCUGAAUGUCUGAAGCCCCAGCUGGAUAGAAGAUAUACCUAUACAGAAGAACCUUUGAUUAAAACCAUGGGCGAUGGUGCCUUGGGAGGAUUUGACAUGGAGAAUUUGUUGCAAUCUUUGUAUGUAGAAAAUAGAGCUGGAUUCUUCUUUACUAAAUUCUGUGAGAACUCAGGGAACAAGUUGUGGAAGAACUGUGUGUACUUUUGGUUUGACCUACAAGCUUAUCAUCAGCUUUUCUACCAAGAAACCCUUCACCCUUUUAAAGUAUGCAAGCAAGCUCAAUAUCUUUUUGCCACAUACAUUGCUCCUUCAGCCACUCUUGACAUUGGACUUCAACAGGAAAAGAAAAGAGAAAUUUAUAUGAAAAUACAACCACCAUUUGAAGACCUUUUUGAUGCAGCAGAAGAAUAUAUCCUCCUCCUCCUUCUUGAGCCUUGGACAAAGAUGAUAAAGUCAGACCAAGUUGCUUAUGGAAAGGUGGAGCUGGUGGAAGAAACUAGACAGCUAGAUUCCACAUACUUGAGAAAGCUACAGGCUUUGCAUAAAGAGACAGUUUUCAAGAAAGCUGAGGACACUACUUGUGAAAUUGGAACUGGUAUUUCACCACUUCCUCAUGUCUCUAAAAAAACAGAAUACUGGAAUAUGGUUCCUGAAGAAUAUAGGCAUUUUAAUUUUAAUGAACUGCUUAACAACAAACUGGAGUUUGAACAUUUCCGCCAGUUUCUUGAAGCUCAUUUUUCAAGCAUGGACCUUAUGUGCUGGACAGACAUUGAACAGUUCCGAAGAAUAACUUACAGAGAUCGAAAGCAAAGGGAGGCAAAAUCUAUAUAUAUUAAAAAUAAAUACCUUAAUAAAAAAUAUUUCUUUGGGCCCAACAGUCCAGCUUCUGUGUAUCAACAGGACCAGAUAAUGAAUUUAAGUGGUGGCUGGGGAAAGAUUCUUCAUGAGCAACUUGAUGCAGCUGUUCUAAUUGAAAUUCAGAAGCAUGUCCUAAAUAGACUAGAAAAUGUUUGGUUGCCGUUGUUUCUUGCAAGUGAACAGUUUGCAGCACGUCAAAAGAUAAAGGUACAGAUAAAAGAUAUAGCUGAAGAGCUUUUACUACAGAAGCGUGAAAGGAAAAUUGGAGUCUGGAAGCCUGUGGAGAGUAAGUGGAUAUCUUCAUCUUGUGAAAUCAUUGCUUUUCGUAAAGCUUUAUUGAAUCCAGUUACUGCAAGACAAUUUCAACGCUUUGUGGCUCUAAAAGGAGAUUUAUUGGAAAAUGGGGUGCUCUUUUGGCAAGAAGUACAAAAAUAUAAGGACUUGUGCCAUUCUCAUUGUGAUGAGUCUGUCAUACACAAGAAGAUUAUGACUAUUAUCAACUGCUUUAUUAACUCCAGCAUCCCCCCAGCUUUACAAAUUGACAUUCCAGUAGAGCAAGCCCAGAAGAUUAUUGAACACAGGAAGGAGUUGGGACCGUAUGUAUUCAGAGAGGCACAGAUGACAGUUUUUGGAGUUCUGUUUAAAUUUUGGCCUCAGUUCUGUGAGUUUAGGAAGAACUUAACUGAUGAAAAAAUUAUGAGUGUUUUGGAGAGAAGACAAGAAUAUAGUAAGCAGAAAAAGAAAAUGGCAGUCAUAGAAGAUGAAAAAUUUGUAAAGGAUGGAAUCAAACAAUAUUCAAGUACUUCAGGAUCUGUUCUCAAAACAGCUACUUUAACGAGUGACCCAGGCUUAGGCAUGCAAGCGUACGGCCGACAGCCAACCUGGUGCUACUCAAAGUACAUAGAAGCCUUAGAACAGGAACGGAUUCUUCUUAAAAUUCAGGAGGAGCUGGAAAGAAAGCUGUUUGCAGCCACACCAUCGUUCACAAAUUUCAAGUCUGCUGCUUCCACCCUGUCUCUGAAAAAGACCGUGUCCUCCCACAACAUCCAGAGUGAGUAUCAGGCGGCAGUCUGACCUUCCUGUCAGAACUCUGCCUCUCCCCUGGCCACCUGGAGAGGGCAGAAAGGGAUGAGGACUGACUCCCUCCCAACGGCUCCGACCCCCAAGUUGGGAGAGUUUCAGAGUGUAGGUGUCCCAUCUCUUUGUGUCUGUUUUCUUCUCUUUUGCUGAGGAGGAAAGACUAUGACAUACACGCAGCACCGCAUACCGUUUCCAGACUGACAGCACUCAUGGGAGUGUAUAUCCUGCUGCUAGGUGCAGCAGAAGUCCAUAGACUGAAUUGAUCAGUCCCAUCCAUGUCCCUCUGACUCACACGCUAAUGCACAUGGACAUCUGCACAAUGUGCACGCACACACCUACUUACACUCUCCACUAACAAAUUAACAGGCAGGAGUAACUUGCCUCCCUUUUGAACGGCACAGUCUCCUGCAUAGGAAGGCCCCUGGGGAAUGAUCAUUUAUUGCUUCUGUCUACUCCUUAUCUAGUUUUCUCUUCCGCAGAGAACAUUUAUAGAAGAAUGGGCUCAGUUUUCCAAGGUUUUGCAAGCUGAGUUUUUCUAAGUCCCAUCUUCCCAAGAUGGGAAUACAAGAAGGAACUGAUAAUUAAUAACUGAAAACCAAGCUGGGGUCCUUCUCUCAUACAGAUACUGAUGUGUUUAUACAGUUUUGAUCAGAUACUAAUGUUAGAGUUUUUAACAAUGCCCUUAGAAAGUAGUAUUACUAGUGUAAUGUAAUAUAUGUGCAACCCAUUGAACUAAAACUCAAAGGACCCAGUAAAAGUCCCAUUUCUCUUCUAUUUUGUAGCUUAGAUUUUUGUUUCUCAAAAUCCUUAGUUUUCUGGUUCUUGGGAGGAUAUGAUGAUCAGGCCUUUAUGUUCUUAGCCUGCUCAUCUCUCUUCUUUUCAGAUUUGUCCUUAACCACUGUGCUCCUGUCAGUUCCCUUACCCCUUAGACGAACAUCACGGUGCCUCCAGCAUUAGGGUGUGCUGACUCAUUCGCUAACUUUUUAGAUCC